GCUCCGCUGUGGAUCACUUGUGGCUGAUGGAAACACGAUAGACGAAGAAGAAGCUGCGACAGCACGAUGACGUCACGCGGUGUAGUAACCGGCGCGGAAGAAGAAGCGGCGUGAGUUCAGCGUUUCACCGGGAAAAGAGUGUUUGUGGUGAGUUGUCAGAAGUCAUAAUGGCCUCAGAUGACAUAGCACAGCUGGCUGAUGCUCUCUCCAAGACCCACGUCGGUGAUGGAGAGUUGAGCUACAAAGGCCUGGGACUGAAGCUGGACAACGCAGAGUCAGUGGAGGAGCUGGUCCGUGAGAUAGAGCAGUACCAGGGUCUGAGAGCUCUCCGCCUGGAGGGGAACACAUUCGGCGUGGAGGCGGCUCGAGCCAUCGCCAAGGCUCUGGAGAGCAAAGACCUGCUCCAGAGAUGCUACUGGAGUGACAUGUUCACUGGAAGGCUGCGCUCUGAAAUCCCAACCGCUCUGAGGUCACUUGGCAGUGCAUUAAUGAGUGCAGGGGCCAGGCUGACUGAGUUGGACCUCAGUGACAACGCUUUUGGGCCGGACGGCGUGAAGGGAAUCGAACAGCUGCUGAAGAGCCCUUCCUGCCACACCCUGAGAGAGCUGAGGCUCAACAACUGUGGCAUGGGGAUCGGAGGGGGAAAGAUCUUGGCUGAAGCUCUGAUCAACUGCCAUAGACAAUCAUCCGCCCACGGAUCUCAGUUUAAACUGAGAGUGUUCAUCGCUGGCAGGAAUCGCCUGGAGAAUGAAGGAGCCAGUGCCCUGGCCAAGGCCUUUCAGCUGAUGGGCAGCCUGGAGGAAGUCCACAUGCCCCAGAAUGGCAUUAACCAUACAGGUGUGAUGGCAUUAGCUUCAGCCAUGCGACACAACCCAGAGCUCCGUGUCCUCAACUUCAAUGACAACACCUUCACCAAGAGGGGGACACUAGCCAUGGUCCAGGCUCUGAGGUAUCUGAGAAAUGUCCAGGUCAUCAACUUUGGCGACUGUCUGGUUCGCUCUGAAGGAGCCAUCGCCCUCGCUGCAGUCUUGAGAGAGGGACUGCCGAUCCUCAGGGAGGUGAACUUGUCAUUUGGUGAGAUCACAGAAGCGGCGGCGCUGGUGGUGGCUCAGGCUGUCAUGGACAAACCUUACAUGGAGAAAGUGGAUCUGAACGGUAACUGUCUGGGAGAGGACGGCUGUGAGGCUUUGAGAGAGACUAUGGAGAACAUGGACAAAGUCGACAUGCUGGCAUCACUCAGCGACGAUGAGGGAGAACCUGAUGACGAUGAUGAGGAUGAUGAUGAGGAUGAUGAAGUGAGUGACGACUCUAAUGAAGACAAUGAAGACGAUGAGGAAAUUGUCAAGGAAAAUGGAGUGUCCAGAAAAGACAAGAGUCCUGCAAAACUUCACAGCCCAGCAGAGAUCACGUCUUUCCUCAGCUGCCCCUCUGUUGAGGAGCUUCUUCGGCUUGGAGAGAUGAGGACAAACCUGAUGCAACAGAUUGAUGUAUCUGACCCACAUGAGGCUGCUGAUGUCCUUCUGAAAAUUGCUUCUUUGUACAACGAGGAACCAGAGACCAAGACAGCAGUUUUAGAGACUAUCGAUGACGUGUUGAAAAACCUCCUCUGUGGUUCAGACAUCCAGUCAUACUGCUUCCUCUCCACACUGCUGGUGAUGAUGGGACUCCUGAAGGGAGAGGGGAAGAUAAAAAAGGUUUCGCUGGUCCCAGGCCAGCUGUUGUGUUUGGAGCACGCGGUCCAGCAGCACUACUUCUCCCAGCAUCAUGCCCUGCUGCUGAACAACUUCAUGUCCAAGAAUAGUGAUGCUCUCAAGUCCUGCAGUGCUGCCAGAGAGAGGCUGAGCUCUGCCCUGGAGAAGAGGUGCCACGACCAACACUGAUCCCAGCAAUCAUUCACUUCCACCUGGAAAACACACACACGCACACACGCGCACACACGCGACAUCAUUGUUUUCAUCAACAGAACCCACAGGGAUGCUUUGCACUUGAACAAGGGACUCUGAUAACCACUGAUCUUCUUUGUAUAUGUUAUGAUGGCCUUACAUACACUGUUUGAAAUCUCAUCCUUUUUAUUUUUCUACUUAAGUUUGGGACUUAUAUUUUUCUAGAAAAUGUAGAAACAAAUAAUAAAAAUAUAGACAACACAUCAGUUAACCGUGGGGUUUGAUGUGUUAAAAAGUGAUCUUAACCAUGAGUGGAGCUAACGUUAGCCUAUGUCAGUCCAGCACUUUGUGAAACAUUGUUUUGCAUUAAGUUGCAUAUAGUUUCAAAAGUCACAAUCAAACAACAACAUAAAGCAUCUAUUUAAGCUUUUUAAAUGUCUGUUGGGAUAAGCACAGCUACAGAUUUACUUUUAAACCUGCACCUCGCUGAUAUUUCUCACACUGAAAAUGUGCUGAGACACAAAUGUUAAGGACAAGACAACCACAAUGCGUAAUCUAAACAAUUUAGUCGGCAAUAAAGAGCUGACUUUGCUGUCUUGUUUUAGUGAUGCGAUGCUUUUCACGCUCUACUGUUUAUUGUCUUGUUCUUGUCGUUGCUUAUUUGAAAAAUUCCAUGUUGAGGUGAAAGAAGAACUUUUCGGACACUGUGUCCAAUCACAAUCACCACUCUGCUGCUCACAAGGUCCAGUCAAGUCCGAGCACUGUGAUGUGUGCAUCAGACUGUAAUGAGGAAUGGGCAGCACCACAUACUCGCCCGUGAACCUGAACACACAGUGUGUGUGUGUGUGUGUGUGUGUGUAUCGCCCUGCACUGAGUACAGUCAUAACACUGAAGAGCUCCGGGGACCAGUUUUUUACCUGAUAUCUUUUCGUCUUAUUGCAAAAUCAUGCUCUUGUAUAACUUUGCUGCACACACUGAGUUGUCUUACCUCAUAUAGCUGUUUAUGUCUUAGUGAUGUGAUGGGAGCAUUUAAGGGAAGUAGGAGGAAAAUGGAAUAGACUUUAUGGCAUUUAGAUAAUCUUCUGAAUAACAUUCGACCGUGUGUGGAUUGCAUUUAUAUUAUGUUGACCUGCUAUGUUGUUACAUUGAAUGCUCUGUCUUAAAUAUAACAAAUCUAACAA